GCAAGCUGACGGACGGUAAUCGCUUUGCCUUCACAUGAGUCGUCCCUCGAUGCACCAACCUGCUGCCAUUAAGUCUCGUCCCGUGGACACUGAAGCCGAAGCGCUGGCCGCGCGGAAGCGGCGGUUUCGUGCGGCGCAAAGUCUGACCGUGGACGGGGGCAUCGAAAGCUCGUUCGUGUCUCGGUUUCCAGCCAUCGACGAGCGGUUUUGGGCGCCGUUUUACGAGGCUUGUGCCGCCGGGCCAAAUUGGGUGGGUCAACGACCGCUCAUGAUUUCGUACUCGUUGCCGCAAACAAUCAACAGCAAAGACACGUUUGGGGAGACAAUGAUGACUCUGGCUGCGAUUCACGGUCGGGCCCAAGUGGUGACGGUGCUGCUUGGAAUCAAGGGGGACCCGUGGGUGUUCAACAACAAGGGGUGGAGUGCCGUGACCGCUGCCGCUGUGUACAACCACACGGCGUUGAUCAAUUUGUUUGCUUCCCACAGUGUCAAGUUAGACACACAGGACGAUCGACUGGGCUACACGCCUGCCCACUUUGCCGUGCAAGUGAAUAACAUUGACAUGCUUCGCCUUCUGCAGGAUCACCGCGCCAACCUGGCCGUGGCAGCCAAGAAUGGGUACACGUUGCUGCACACGGCGGCCGAAGUGGCUGCAGAGGAGUGCCUCGAGUUUCUCCUUGCCAAGCGAUUGAUUUCGGUGGAAGCCCGAGAUACAAGCCAUGAGACUCCAAGCCACAAAGCGGCUCGGCGCAGCCACAGUCGCAUCUUGGAGAUUUUGCGCCAACACGGCGCGUCGUUGAAAGCUGAAAACCUGGACCAAGAUUGUGUGGCCGAUGUGUACUUGGACAAUAUGCACGUGACACGCCCGAUGGAAUUAAAAUAACAAGUACUAACGUUAGUAGUGCAGUGUACACCAGGGUUUGCGAAGUGUGCAUCGAUCGAUAAGUGGAGGAUACGAGAUGGAUUUAUAACAUUUCCACAUUACCCUUCGGAAACCCUCGUCCGCUGGACCAUGUCGACACACAUCUGCCACCAGAUGGUACUCCGGAGGUCGCUUCACAAGCCACCGGUCAACCUAUUCAGCGCUAGCAUACGCUUCAACAGGUGUGCAAUGCACGCCGAACCGCCAUGACGACGAUCUUCGAUAUUCAAAUGUACCAGGUGGUAUAUCACUUUGAUGGCACUUGGUCACCACCGAGCCAAGAGGCACAUGACUCCUCAUGCCCCCCCCAGGCCUGCGUUAACCGUCCUCAGAUCCACCAAGCCAUUUCCUACGGCCUACGUGACACAGCAAGCACUCCACAAUAUAAUACUACGCGCUUUAUCAAUUUCAGAC